AAAGUUGAAACAAAUAUAUUAAUAUAAAUUUACAGGGUUUGAUUUCAUCGCUUUUUCAACAAUUCAUUCCUAUCGCUGUUCGAUUCUUCUUGGAAGAUUGUCCCGGGGUUACUGCAAUGCUCCGAGUGGACAGUGCAGGGAACAAUAACAAUUCUAACCGCCCACGUAAAGAAAAGAGGCUGACAUAUGUAUUGAAUGACACUGCUGACACAAAGCAUUGUGCUGGCAUAAAUUGUUUGGCUGUGCACAAGUCAUCUGCCUCUGAUGGGUCUGACUAUCUUUUCACUGGAAGCCGCGAUGGCACACUUAAGAAAUGGGCACUUGGUGAAAACACUGCCACAUGCUCUGCUACAUUUGAGUCUCAUGUUGAUUGGGUAAAUGAUACUGUUAUUGCUGGUGACAGUACACUUGUUUCCUGCUCGUCAGACACAACAUUGAAGACAUGGAAUUGCUCAUCUGAUGGAACAUGCACCAGGACAUUUCGUCAACACUCUGACUAUGUUACAUGUCUAGCCGCUGCUGAUAAAAAUGCCAAUAUAGUUACCUCUGGGGGUCUUGGUGGUGAGGUUUUUGUGUGGGAUAUUGAAGCUGCAGUUACUACAACAUCUAAGUCCAAUGAUGUAGUGGGCAAUGAUUGUUCCAAUGGUAUCAAUGGUUCGACAAAUUCAUUUCAAGUGUCAAAUUUACGAACAAUUAGCUCGAGUAACAGCAUUAAAACACACACAUCUCAGUGUCAUGGAUACGUCCCUAUUGCUGCCAAAGGCCAUAAAGAGUCGGUUUAUGCAUUGGCAAUGAAUGAUAGUGGAUCCCUUCUUGUCUCUGGUGGAACUGAGAAGGUUGUGCGAGUUUGCGAUCCAAGAACUGGUUCAAAGAAUAUGAAAUUAAGAGGGCACACAGAUAACAUUAGGGCUUUGCUUCUGGAUUCUACCGGCAGAUAUUGUUUGUCAGGGUCCUCUGAUUCUAUGAUCAGGCUAUGGGAUCUCGGUCAGCAACAUUGUGUGCAUUCAUACGCUGUGCACACAGAUUCUGUUUGGGCACUUGCAAGCACCCCAACAUUUAGUCAUGUUUAUAGUGGUGGUAGAGAUCUUUCUACUCCAGGGGAAAUCACCAGCUGCAACACGGCAGCCUGGUUCAAGCGGGAGAUGAGAACUCCUAGACGAAGAAGGAGGAACAAUAGGAGGCCUCGGAGGAAGCAGCCACCGCACCAGCUGAGUCAAACCCUCGAAGUUGGCUGGGUUGAGACUGGGUUGGGGUUCCAUGGUGAAUACUCAGCU